AUGUCAAAGCGGGGAAUCUCCGACUCUCCAGCUCUCCAACGUGCGAGCGCAGCGGACGGUUUCAAUUGGACCGGCGACGGUACACAAACACGACACGAGAGUCUGAACACGGCGAGUCGGAUGAAGAUCAAAAAGCAAGAGACAAAGGGUAGGAAUCGCUUUUCGGGGACAAAGAAGCCAGAGUCAUCGAUUCGCGCCGCAGCGCAGCAUGCGGCGCAUGCAGUAAGACAAGGCGACAAGUGA